AAAAAUUGAUAUAUAAAAAGGAGCCAUUUUGAGUUUGAAGUGGUCUGAGUAAUGGCUCAAAAAAAUGUUCUUGUAUAUUCCCUAUUUUCUCCUAUUCUAGGGCCUCUAGACGCCUACUGGGCCCACGAAAAGUUAGCUAGAAGAUUAAUUCACCCUUCCAAGUGGCUAAAGUGGAAUGUAGUUAAGUAGAAGACUUCCCUCUCCGGCAUAUGACCACAGCUGUUGUGUCCCGUCUCCUGGGCCAGCUGUUCUACGAUGGCCAUCAGAACUUCGCACAGGAGCUGGCCGUCAUUGUGGACCAAGAAGCCACGGCCGUCUCCCCUUCAGACCGGCUCAUGAACAUAAUCACCAUUGGACUGCAGCACGAACAUGAGGUGGAGCGGCCACUCAACCGCCUGGAGUACACGCUGGGGCCCGGCCUCGACUUGGCGUACGAAACGGAACCCCAGACCAGUGCCCCCGAGCCAGCCAUGUAUGAGACCGGCUAUGUCACCUCCCACAAGGACAAGUGUCGUGCUGCAGCCUUCUCCAUGGACGGGAGUUUAGUGGCCACGGGGAGUGUGGACGCCUCUAUAAAGGUAGUGUGCUGAGUUUGAGUAGUCUUACCUUGGGUAAGUUUAGCAUUUCAAACACACCACUUCAUAUAGUGCGCCGUAUUACUAAACAUUUCGUCGCCAAAGUUCACAUAUUUGACAAGGCUUUCAUAGGAGUUUUGGGCAUUUCCAGAAGUAGUUUUAUGACCCUGGUGGUUGUUUGACCCUCUUCUUUUGAACCUAAAGAAACACUCAUUAGAUCUCGAUUGAUCCCCUCUUUGACCUUUAGAAAUAGUUGGUGUGAAAAGUGAAAGUGUCAU